UUCCCCCGACCGGGUGCCGCCGCCGAGAUUGGGCGAAUAGCGAGCAAAUACGUGCGCGUCUCGCUGCCUCCGCCGGCUGCCCGCUCCCUGCCCGCCGGAGCCCAGCCGCAGCCCCCCGAGGCGGGUGCCCAGUCCCGGCCGCUGCCGAGGCCCCGCCGCUCCUCCGCCCCUUCCCCCGCCGACACAGGCCCGCAGCCCCCAGCGGGAAAGGCCCAGGCCGCCGCCGAGCCCGAGCCCCAGCCCCAGCCCGACAUGAACCACCAUCAGCAGCAGCAGCAGCACCAGAAGCCCGGGGAGCAGCAGCUGAGCGAGCCCGAGGACAUGGAGAUGGAAGCUGGAGAUACAGAUGAUCCUCCAAGAAUUACUCAAAAUCCUGUCAUUAAUGGGAAUGUAGCAAUGGCUGAUGGACAUAACAACACUGAAGAAGACAUGGAAGAUGACACAAGUUGGCGAUCAGAAGCAACAUUUCAGUUCACAGUCGAACGCUUCAACAGAUUGAGCGAGUCAGUUCUCAGUCCUCCCUGCUUUGUACGGAAUUUGCCAUGGAAGAUCAUGGUUAUGCCACGACUCUACCCGGACAGACCACACCAAAAAAGUGUAGGAUUCUUCCUUCAGUGCAAUGCUGAAUCUGAUUCCACGUCAUGGUCUUGUCAUGCACAAGCAGUUCUCAAGAUAAUAAACUACAAGGAUGAUGAAAAAUCAUUCAGUCGUCGUAUUAGUCACUUGUUUUUUCAUAAGGAAAAUGACUGGGGCUUUUCCAACUUCAUGGCCUGGAGUGAAGUUACUGAUCCUGAAAAAGGCUUUAUAGAAGAGGACAAAGUUACUUUUGAAGUCUAUGUUCAAGCAGAUGCUCCACAUGGAGUGGCGUGGGAUUCAAAGAAGCACACAGGAUAUGUUGGCUUAAAGAACCAGGGAGCAACUUGUUACAUGAACAGUUUGUUACAGACUUUAUUUUUCACAAAUCAGCUACGAAAGGCUGUGUACAUGAUGCCCACAGAAGGAGAUGAUUCAUCCAAAAGUGUUCCUUUAGCAUUGCAAAGAGUGUUUUAUGAGCUACAACAUAGUGACAAACCAGUUGGAACUAAAAAGUUAACAAAAUCUUUUGGGUGGGAGACUUUAGACAGCUUCAUGCAACACGAUGUCCAGGAAUUAUGUCGAGUGCUGCUUGAUAAUGUGGAAAACAAAAUGAAAGGCACAUGUGUAGAAGGAACUAUUCCUAAAUUGUUCAGAGGGAAGAUGGUGUCUUAUAUCCAAUGCAAACACGUAGACUAUCGAUCUGAACGAAUAGAAGAUUAUUAUGACAUCCAGCUAAGUAUAAAGGGAAAGAAAAAUAUUUUUGAGUCCUUCAUUGACUACGUUGCAGUGGAACAGUUGGAUGGUGAUAACAAGUACGAUGCAGGAGAACAUGGAUUGCAGGAGGCAGAGAAAGGUGUGAAGUUCCUAACAUUGCCACCAGUAUUACACCUACAGCUCAUGAGAUUUAUGUAUGAUCCUCAGACUGACCAAAACAUCAAGAUAAAUGACAGGUUUGAGUUUCCUGAACAGUUGCCACUAGAUGAAUUUUUACAAAAAACAGAUCCUAAAGAUCCUGCGAAUUACAUUCUUCAUGCAGUUCUAGUACACAGUGGAGAUAACCAUGGCGGACAUUACGUUGUUUACUUAAAUCCAAAGGGGGAUGGCAAAUGGUGUAAAUUUGAUGACGAUGUUGUAUCAAGAUGUACAAAGGAAGAAGCGAUUGAACACAACUAUGGAGGUCAUGACGAUGACUUAUCUGUACGGCACUGUACGAAUGCGUACAUGUUGGUUUACAUCAGGGAAUCAAAAUUAAGUGAAGUUUUGCAGCCUGUCACGGACCAUGAUAUUCCUCAACAACUUGUAGAAAGGCUACAAGAAGAGAAAAGGAUAGAAGCUCAGAAGAGGAAGGAGAGGCAGGAAGCUCACCUCUAUAUGCAAGUGCAGAUAGUGGCAGAGGAUCAGUUCUGUGGUCACCAAGGCAAUGAUAUGUAUGAUGAAGAAAAAGUGAAAUACACUGUUUUCAAAGUACUAAAAAACUCCACUCUUACAGAAUUUGUUCAAAAUCUCUCUCAAACGAUGGGAUUUCCCCAGGAUCAAAUCAGAUUAUGGCCAAUGCAAGCUAGAAGUAAUGGAACAAAAAGACCUGCAAUGUUAGAUAAUGAAGCAGAUGGCAAUAAAACGAUGAUUGAGCUCAGUGACAAUGAAAAUCCAUGGACAAUAUUUUUGGAAACAGUAGAUCCAGAGAUGGCUGCUACUGGAGCAACAUUACCCAAGUUUGAUAAAGAUCAUGAUGUAAUGUUGUUUCUGAAGAUGUAUGAUCCGAAGACUCGAAGUUUGAAUUAUUGUGGACAUAUCUACACACCUAUAUCCUGUAAAAUACGUGACUUGCUUCCAGUUAUGUGUGAGAGAGCAGGAUUUCCACAAGAAACUAACCUUAUCCUCUAUGAGGAAGUUAAACCCAAUUUAACAGAAAGGAUUCAAGACUAUGAUGUAUCUCUUGAUAAAGCUCUUGAUGAACUCAUGGAUGGUGACAUCAUAGUGUUUCAGAAGGAUGACCCAGAAAAUGAUAACAGUGAGCUACCAACAGCUAAAGAAUAUUUCCGAGACCUCUAUCAUCGUGUGGAUGUCAUUUUCUGUGAUAAAACCAUCCCCAACGACCCAGGCUUUGUUGUUACUUUAUCCAAUAGGAUGAAUUACUUUCAGGUUGCAAAGACAGUUGCGCAAAGACUUAAUACGGAUCCAAUGCUAUUACAGUUUUUCAAGUCCCAAGGUUAUAGGGAUGGCCCUGGUAAUCCUCUUAGACAUAAUUAUGAAGGUACUUUAAGAGAUCUUCUGCAGUUCUUCAAGCCCAGGCAACCUAAAAAACUUUACUAUCAACAGCUCAAAAUGAAAAUAACUGAUUUUGAAAACAGAAGAAGUUUUAAAUGCAUAUGGCUAAAUAGCCAGUUUAGGGAAGAGGAAAUAACAGUAUAUCCAGAUAAGCAUGGGUGUGUGCGAGACCUGUUAGAAGAAUGUAAAAAAGUUGUAGAACUCUCUGAAAAAGGUUCAGGGAAAUUAAGGCUGCUAGAAAUUGUAAGUUACAAAAUAAUUGGUGUCCAUCAGGAAGAUGAGCUGUUAGAGUGUUUGUCACCUGCAACAAGUCGAACGUUUCGAAUAGAGGAAAUUCCUCUGGACCAGGUAGAUAUAGAUAAAGAAAAUGAGAUGCUAAUCACAGUGGCACAUUUCCACAAAGAGGUUUUUGGGACAUUUGGAAUUCCAUUCUUGCUGAGGAUACACCAGGGUGAACACUUUAGAGAGGUUAUGAAGCGGAUUCAGACAAUGCUGGACAUACAAGAAAAAGAAUUUGAAAAGUUUAAAUUUGCAAUUGUAAUGAUGGGCCGACACCAAUAUCUCAAUGAAGAUGAGUAUGAAGUGAACUUGAAAGAUUUUGAGCCCCAACCUGGCAACAUGUCUCAUCCAAGGCCAUGGCUAGGGCUUGACCAUUUCAAUAAAGCCCCAAAGAGAAGUCGCUACACUUACCUUGAAAAAGCUAUUAAAAUCCAUAACUGACUUACUUAACCAGAUUGUCAAGGCAAGGGACAAAAAUAAGUGUGUGUGUGCACCUUUUUAACAACUGUAGAACUUUGGUACACGUGCACUAUAUCUGAAGUCUUCAGCAAGAGGAUUUGCUGCUGAUGUUAAUUUUAUUUUGUUGAGGCUGUUCAGUUUGGCUUCUCUGUAUCUAUUGACUGCCCUUUUUGAGCAAAAUGAAGGUGUUUUUAUAAAGCUUGGAUGCCAAUGAGAGUUAUUUUAUGGUAAACGUAAUGCAAGGCAAUUGUCAGCAUAAUGAGGGAAGAGUUUAGUAGAACAGUUGACAUUGGCAAAAUAUUUGUCUGUAGUACGUUCAUAGAUGGCAUAAGCUGGCUGGCUGCCCUUCCCGGUAUGGUGUUAACCAUCACUGCAGCUAGUAAGUCUUAUGUUUAGACUCACAUCAGAUUUAUUUCCUUCAGUUAUACUUUAAAUGACAUUUUUGUGCAUUUGUAAAUGCAAAAAACUCACAUCAUCAAUAAAUAGCAAUCUCUACUUCAUUGUGUACAUUGUUGGCACUUAUUCGGGAUUUUUGUCUCCUCCAGCUGCAUAGAAUCUUUUUUAAUAAACUAGUUUUCGUUUAAUUUAGUCACUACUUUGCAUCCCGUUUUGCCAAGUGGAUGCCCCAAGUCCUAAAAAGAGAUAUUUGGGUCUUUUUAUUAAAUUUUCAACCAUUGAUAAAUACCAUUGUGAUUUAUUAUGCCAUCUUCUGGCAAAUAGAAUGACAUUCAAAAGUUGGCAAAAGCAAGUGAAAAGAUUAUAAAUAUCAUUAAUUUAGUUAACAUGGGAAGAGAUGGGGAAAACACAAGAAAUAGCCUUUUAGCACAGAGGGCAUGCUCACUAGUGUUUAGUAAGCUGUUGACUUUGUAUAAAAAAGGAGGAAAAAAAAAGAAAAAAGAAGAAAAAAAAAAAGAAAAAAUGAAAUUGUAUAUUUAAUGAAUGAACAUGUACAAUUUAACACUUGGAGGUUAAUUUUGUUGGGUGAGUCUGCAAGUGAAUUUCACUGAUGUUGAUAUUCAUUGUGUGUAGUUUUAUUUCAGUCCCCAGACUGCUUCCUUUUAUUUUGGAGCUAAUGCCAGCUGCGUGUCUAGUUUUGAGUGCAGUAAAGAUAGAAUCAGCAAUUCACACUUAAUUUUACAUUUUUUUCCAGUAUUUUAUUUUGUUUCUGUAGCCGCAGUGUACAACAACUCUUCCUGUAUAUUGCCUUUUUUUGCUGGAAAAUGUUGUAUGUUGAAUAAAAUUUUCUAUAAAAUUUU